UCCUGUCCGGAACCAGUGUCCAAGGGACACGGCUCUAUCGGGCACAAAUGGCCGUUGCACCCGGAAGUAGCCUUGCCGCCACUAGUGGAGCGCAGGGAAAAGUUCGGCGCAGGCACGUCCAGUAACGUUCCUUAGGGGAGGCGCUGAGACGCUACCGGGGCUGGAAAGUGACCUUCCGAUUGGCUCCGCAUGAGCGUGGUUCCGCUGGCCUGCUGCGUGUGGCGGGGAAGCUGCUGUGGCGAUGGGGAGUCGGGCGGAGGUUUUGAAGCUUUUCAGAGCAUUGCACAGAACACGACAACAGGUUUUUAAAAAUGAUGCCAGAGCCCUAGAAGCUGCAAGGCAAAAGAUAAAUGAAGAAUUCAGAAACCAUCAAGAUGAGACUUCUUCUGAAAGAAUAGCAGAGCUUAUGAAAAUAGGUUCAGAUGUCGAAGUUCUGCUCAGAACAUCUGUUAUACAGGGACUUCACACAGGUUCUGACAGUCUGAUGCUUAUACCCAGGAAAGAUCUGCUACUAGACAAUGUUCCUUACUGUGAUACUCCACCACGAAAGCUUUGAACCUUCAAGGAAUAAAGUACAUCUUUUUUUAUUUUCUUUUUCUCAAACCAAAAUUAAUUUCCUGGAACAAAAUCCCUGAAAACAAGUAGCUGAAAUCUCUGUGUUCAGACUAAACUUAGAAAAUAUUGAAUCCUUUUGGCAGGAAACAAAGAUUAACUCAAUCCACUGAUUGUACUCUGAACUGGGAAGGUGUGUUUGAGAGAAGCAAGAUUGAUGUCGUGUUUCUUCUCUUCAUUAGGAAGGAUUACAUUUCCAUAGAAACUAAAGUCCUAUAUUGUUUUCUAAAAAUAUCCUAGAUGUACUCUUUUAUCUCUGCCAGCACUGGGUAUUGUCAAGUCUGAAAAAAAGACUCCAGAGAAAAUGUUUCAUUGUCUUUCGGAGGAUUUGCAAUGAUUAAUAAUAAUAAUUACAAAUAGAAGUAGAGUGUUUAGUCCUGAAAAUAUUUAUUUAUAAAUUCAAAUAUAUUGACAAACUGCUGCAAAAUAAUGGUGAAAAACAUUCUAUAAUGUCUAGUUAUCUUUUUAAUUAUAAAUUGCACCACAGACCUGUUUUCUGAAAUUGUCAUUAUCUGUACAAUAGUGCACUGGUAGAUUGAGAGGGUUUUUAUAAGGCACACCUAAAUAAAUUAUCAGCCUUUACAGAUA